ACUAACAAUUCCGCGCAGGAAGACAACGCAGCACCUCGAUCGAACAACAACCCUUCUGCAAAUUUCUCUCCCUCUCUCUCUCUCUCUCUCCCCUUUCUCUCUCCUUUGACCAUCGCGAGGAUGGAGAAUCUGUGGCGAGCGGCGACGUUCCAGGCCCCCGACCCCGACGACUACGCCGGCGUCGAGUUCUGGGCCGAGCCGGAGCGGGCCGGCUGGCUGAGCAAGCAGGGCGACUACAUAAAGACGUGGCGCCGCCGCUGGUUCGUGCUCAAGCAGGGGAAGCUCCUCUGGUUCAAGGACGCCAACGUGACCCGCCUCUCCGAGCCCCGCGGCGUCGUCUCCGUCGGCCGGUGCCUCACCGUCAAGGGCGCCGAGGACGUCCUCAACAAGCCCUUCGCCUUCGAGGUCUCCACCAACCAGGACACCAUGUUCUUCAUCGCCGACUCCGAGAAGGAGAAGGAGGAGUGGAUCAACUCGAUCGGCCGGUCGAUCGUGCAGCACUCGCGGUCGGUGACCGAAUCGGAGGUGGUCGAUUACGAUAGCAAGCGGUAGUGCCUGUAAUCGCUCCUUCCCUUCCCCGCCCCCCUUGCUUGUACAUUAGGUAUAGGUUUUAUGAGAUCCGUCUCAGGAAUUCGUGUGUGUGUUUAUAGUCGGUGGUUCUCGUGUCUGACUGCUUCACGCAGAAACCCGGAUUAUCACGCGUCCAAUGUAAGGUGUCGAUUUUGCAUGUUUUGUUUUGAUACAUCGUCUUUUUUAUUGCUAUUUCUGUUGAAUUUAGUGCAAUUCGGUCCCCUCUGGAUAAAGAUAUGGCGAUCACCUUCUGAUUUCUGCCAAUGAAAGGAGUAUCUUUUUUGCUUC